ACUUUUGGGGUAUCGAUUGUUGCGCAUGUGUCCUCCAACCCACACGAUAUAUCGAUACUCGCAAUCGAAUGUUUUGAAUUUAAAAUUAACUUCAGUUUAUGGAAACCAUUUGAUUUGAAGAUCAUUAUAAAUAAUAAUUAAUUAAUUAAUUAAAUUUAAUUAUGGACCCGCUUGAUAAUCAUCUUGAAAAUAUUUCUGAUAAACUUUUGAAUUAUCUAUCAAAUAGUUGUAGAAAACCAAUUGAUCCUGCUGGUGAUAAAAGAACAGCAAGAUCUCCAAUUAUUUUUGAUUUGAUAGCUGGAGUUGAAGAAGCUGACUUUAAUUAUGACCAAAAAUCCUUGGGAUCCAAAAACUGUUCAUGUUCUUAUCACGCUGAUUAUGAUAAACCUCAAAUUAUUGAACCAUCUGCUGCUACCAGUCCACAGGUCAAAUGGAACAAACAUUUAACGUUUUUACGUAUCAUGACUUGGCUGAAGUCAUGUGUAAAAAAAGACUGUGACGUUUCAGUAAAUGAUAUCCGCAAACUGGUUGAACAGUUGAAGAAAAAUCGAGGAAAUAAAUUGAAGAGAAGUGAACCUACACGAAUUUCUAUGAUGAUCAAGAGAAAGAAGAAGAAGAAAAAUUUAAUUAAUGAUGACGAUUUUGAAGUGGUAAAAAUAAUAAGAAACGGAACGGAAAUUAAUUAUACUAACGGUGAAGUUUCAAUGGUAAAGACGGCUAAAAAAUCAGUCCUGCCAGAAAAAGAUGUAGAGGACAGUCAACAUAGUCCAGAAGUGAGUUUUGGUGAAGAUUCUAUUCCCAAAAAAUUAUUCAGUCAAGGGGACAGUAUCGCUGACAGUGGAGUCGGGCUUCAAGAUUCAAUUGGCAGUCAAUUGGAAUCGCAAAUGCAGAGCGAAAGUAAUUAUAGUUUAGUUUCUGAGUCUGUCGAGUCAUUCAAACAAUCAAAGUCAAUAAAUUCUUUUAAACGACCCCAUGAUGUUAAGAUACAAGAGAUCCAGGAAAAAGACUAUCCGAUAUCAUCACAGCAACUGAUGCUAGUUUUUGAAGAAUGUCAGCUAGACGACUUCGCGCUCACUAUCACUCGCACUUUUCUCGAUGACUUUGUCUCCGAAGAAACUCUCAAUAAUAUUUAUGAGAAUAAAACAAUUGUUGUAGAAGCUCUGCAAACAAUUGGAGACUUUGUCAAUCAAUUGGAAAGACGAGAAAAUACUGACGUAUCAAUCUGUCAUUUCUUUGUCAAAUGUAUCGUCUCAACUAUCAAAAACAUCUUCAGCAACUCGUCCUACAAAAAUCUUACGAAUAUGCAGAGACAACUUUGUAUAUCAGUAGUACUAGAACUCAACAAAUCCCCAAAUAUUUUGAAAGAAACUUUGAAUUUUCUGAUCACGGAGCUGUUGGACUUAACGAUGGACGAAACCCAACUGAGGGACAGUCGGCUGAAGAAUUCAAUUGACAGACAACAACUUUUGAUUUUGUAUGGAUUAGAAACGGUAAUUACAAAAUACAGCGCGAUGUUGAAGUGUGAAGCAGCUGAAGUGAACGAUGAAUCAACUUCGGAAGUAACUCGUAUGUGGCGAAGAAAUUGGGUGUCUUACAUCAAUCACUUAUCGAGUCCCCAACAGCAAGUUCCCGCUGAAGAUUUAAAUUUGUAUUUAAAAACAAAUUUGAAUAUAUUAUUAGCAAACUAUAAAUCCACAAAUUCUUUGAAGACAGAGUGGGUUUCUAAAUUGAUCUGUUUACUGUCAGAAUAAUUUAAAUUUAAGUUUUAACUUUUAUAAUUUUUUGGUUUUAAAAAAUUAUUUAUUUUAACGGAUAUUUAUUAUUUAUAAAAUUUGAGAAUUUUAAGUCACGUUAAUUAUUGUAAAACUUAACAAAAUAAAUAAAAGUAUCGUAU